AUGUUCCAUGUUUCUUUUAGGUAUAUCUUUGGAAUUCCUCCCCUGAUCCUUGUUCUGUUGCCAGUAGCAUCCUCUGACUGUGACAUUGAAGGUAAAGAAGGCAAAGAAUAUGAGCAUGUUCUAUUGGUCAGCAUCAAUAAAUUGGACAGCAUGAGAGAUAUUGAUACCAAUUGCCUGAAUAAUGGAUCUAAUUUUUUUAAAAAACAUACAUGUGAGGACAAUAAGGAAGGUAUGUUUCUAUUUCGUGCUGCUCGCAAGUUGAAGCAAUUUCUUAAAACGAAUAACAGUGAGGAGGAUUUCAAUCUCCACUUAUCAAUAGUAUCACAAGGCAUCUUAAAACUGUUGAACUGCACCAACAAGGAUAAAGGACGAAAACCACCUUCCCUAGGUGAAGCCCAACCAACAAAGAAUUUGGAAGAAAAUAAAUUUUUAAAGGAUCAGAAAAAACAGAAUGACCGGUGUUUCUUAAGAAGACUGCUACAAAAGAUAAAAACUUGUUGGAAUAAAAUAUUGAGGGGUGCUAAAUAA